AGCAAAGGCAGAGUGGCAACCGCGCGGUCAGGAGCAUGGAGGAGGGCAGCAGCGGCGGCAGUGGUGGCAGCGACAGUAACGCCGGCGGGAGUGGCGGGGCACAGCAGAGAGAGCUGGAACGCAUGGCUGAAGUCCUAGUUACGGGAGAGCAGCUCCGGCUGCGGCUCCAUGAAGAAAAGGUUAUUAAAGAUAGACGGCACCAUCUCAAAACCUACCCAAACUGCUUUGUUGCAAAAGAACUCAUCGACUGGCUCAUUGAGCACAAGGAGGCCUCUGACCGAGAGACGGCGAUAAAACUCAUGCAGAAAUUAGCUGACCGGGGCAUCAUUCAUCACGUGUGUGAUGAGCACAAGGAGUUCAAGGACGUAAAGCUCUUCUACCGCUUUAGGAAGGACGAUGGGACCUUCCCACUGGACAACGAGGUGAAGGCCUUCAUGAGAGGGCAGAGGCUGUAUGAAAAACUGAUGAGCCCUGAAACUACACUCCUCCAGCCUAGGGAAGAGGAGGGGGUGAAGUAUGAGCGAACCUUCAUGGCAUCUGAAUUCCUGGACUGGCUGGUUCAGGAAGGAGAAGCCACAACGAGGAAAGAGGCAGAGCAGCUUUGCCACCGGCUCAUGGAGCACAGCAUCAUACAGCAUGUGUCUAACAAGCACCCAUUUGUGGACAGCAACCUCCUCUACCAGUUCAGAAUGAACUUCCGUCGGAGGCGAAGACUGAUGGAGCUGCUCAAUGAGAAGUCCCCGUCCUCUCAGGAGACACAUGACAGUCCCUUCUGUCUGAGGAAGCAGAGCCACGACAAUCGGAAAUCUACCAGCUUUAUGUCAGUCAGCCCCAGCAAGGAGAUCAAGAUUGUGUCUGCCGUGCGGAGGAGCAGCAUGAGCAGCUGUGGCAGCAGUGGCUACUUCAGCAGCAGCCCGACGCUCAGCAGCAGCCCCCCUGUGCUCUGCAACCCCAAAUCUGUGCUGAAGAGACCUGUCACUUCUGAAGAACUCUUGACCCCCGGGGCUCCAUAUGCAAGGAAGACAUUCACGAUUGUUGGUGACGCAGUUGGCUGGGGCUUUGUGGUUCGAGGAAGUAAACCAUGCCACAUCCAGGCUGUGGACCCCAGCGGACCUGCAGCUGCUGCAGGGAUGAAGGUCUGUCAGUUUGUCGUCUCGGUGAAUGGCCUCAACGUGCUGAAUGUAGACUACCGCACCGUGAGCAACCUGAUUCUGACAGGCCCGAGGACAAUUGUCAUGGAAGUCAUGGAGGAGUUAGAAUGCUGAGCAAGAAGACAUCCCCGCUUGUACCCUGUCCCAGAACAACACAACAGUGGCGGGGCAAGACUGUCAGGCAAAUGGAUAAUUGGGAUAUUACAGAUCUUUUUCUCUGACUGUACGCACCUUGACUUUCAUACGCUGUUUGAAUGCGGAAGAACCGGGUAACAUGUCUUUAAAAACCAAAACACAGCAAGGCAAGGUGGCUCAAGUCUAUAAUCCCAGCAUUCAGGAGGGCAAGGCAGAAGUGCUGCAAGUUCAAGGCCAGCAUCAGCUAACUGUGAAUGCCUGUCUCAAAACCACACAAGGGAUUUUUCCACACAAGCGCAUACACAUCACAUGCACACAUGUAUGCACACGUGCACACACACCACACCACACCACACACAUAUACACCACACAGACGCACACGUGCACACACAGGCCAGUGUAGACAGCAGUGUAGGACAGUAGAGGACAAUGGGGUGGAAUUGCCUUAUUAGAGCCCUAGUUUCUAGUUCUCAGUCAUUGCCUCUCAUGUUUGCAGGAAGUUGUUGUAAAACCAACUUAGCAACAUGGAAAAAUGCCAGUUUUAGGAGUUCAUAGAAUAGUUACUACAGGGUUUGCAUCAUGUCUACUGUGUUUGUGUGGCAAGAAUAAGGAACGAUCAUCUGCUAUCUGGGCUACUUAAGAUACUGAGGCAGGAAGGUGAUCACUUGAGCGCUGGUGGUGAUGUCACCCUGGGCAACACAGUGACACCCCACAUUAAUUAAAAAAAAAUAGGUUUUACCAAAAUUAGCCUGAGUCUGUUAGGUAGAUCUAGAUUUCACCUAGCUUAAAAUGAAAGCCGCAUCCCCAGAAAUGUGACCAGCUGACACCAAUUUCCAAGAAGGUCCUUCCGCAUUCAACAGCUUAGAAGCCAUCAUCAUCACAAAGUAGCUUUCUUCCUCUCUCUUUUAAGCUUUGGAUUUUUGUUGUUGUGUUGUGUCGUGUCUGCCUUUAUCAGCCGCUUUCAGCUCAACCUGUUUCAGUUGUGGCAUGAGGUGAAAGAUAAAAGAGACCACUGUGCCGUGGGUGGCAGGAAUAGACAGGGGAUGCCACCAGCAACCGCCUGCCUCUCUUUGCUUUCCCUGGGCCUGAGUGGUUUUGCCUUAUGAGUCAGCUCCAGCUGCUUUCUGGUGUUCAUUUAGAACAUACCGGUUGUGGAAGCAAAGAGUUCUGUCCAUACCGUGUAAGACUCAAAGUCAAGCCUCUGGCAAGACUGCACUUUAAGGGACUUGGCCUCAGUGUGACAAAACUUGAAACUCCAAAUGCCGUCUUAGCCUGGAGUUUUACAAGCCUUCUCGCGUCACGGGCUGUGCUGCUCCUUUAGGGACCUGCUUGGCACUGCAAAGCUCCACCUUGGUUUAGAUUGCUUCGUCUUAACUUAUGCAUGUUUCUUUGAUCUAGAAGAGACUUCCUUUGAACCAGAUAUGGGAGUGUGUUUCUGUAAUCCCACCAUGGAAGUGGAGGCAGAAAGAUCAUGUGUUCAAAAAAGACCUGAGACAGGAGGCCCUGUGUCAAAACAAACAUACAAACAACAAAAAUGGUCAAGGGAGUGCAUUUGGGGUAUUGGUAUGUAGAGGAUAUUCCUCAAAGUGCCAAACAAGAGCCAUUUUACCUAAUGCAUUUUGAACAGAGAAUCUACUUUCUUAUUAGGCAUUAACAAAAUAAUAGUAUUAUGCCUGGGUGAUUUCUUAAUGAGAUGCAGUCAUCCGGUAUUGGUGUUAGUGGAAUGGAUUUUAUUAGUAUAUUAAUCCAACUUUUCUAACUUUAGUAAGAAAAGUGUAGGAUUUUGAAGUGCCAUGGGACAGCCGACAUUGAUGUUGUCAGUUGUUAUUUGAGAGAGAUUCUCUCCACGUCUGUUUAUCCUGUGAGUGAGGCUCUGUGCUGUAGCAUUUAUUGAGGAUGUUCUCCCUCACUCCUCCACUUGCCCCUUUAAGUUAGACAUUGUUACCUUCAUGUUUCAGGUAGGGAGACUAGGUCUGAGCAAAUGCAAUGUUCUUCAGGUUGAAGCACAUGCUGGAACUACCACGUACUAUACAGCCCAUUUCUCCAGUGCUCAAACCCCUUGCCUAUCUGCCCAGACUUCCUUUUCAGAGACCUUAUGUUCAGUCUUUGCUCCAGGCUAUGCUAAAACCUUAUGGUUAUUUUGUUGUUGCUCUUGUUUUAUUGGCUGGAGAGGUCAGGACCAUCAUCAUCCAUUUUAUAAAUGAUCAACCAAUCAUAAAUCAGUUGGUUCAUCACAUGCUCAAAACACCCCAGGUACUAAGCAGGAGGCCUUGCCACAUGGCUUUAAUUUCUGUCUGUUUUGUUUGUUGAUUUGUUUUGAGACAGGGUCAAGCUCUUGAUCCUGCACUUGCUAUGUGGGAUCACAGGCACACAGACCCAUACUCGGUAUGAUAACACCUUAGAAGAUGAGUCUCGGUUGUUUUCUGUCUUUGGUAUUCCUUGGCUGACAAGAAAGCAAGAAUGCCCAUGGGGCAUGAUAUCCUUCUUGCUGCUCACCUCCAAAUGCCCUUUGCCUUGAACCCUGAAUCCUAUCAUUUCCCUGUGGCCAAACUCAACACCACAGGAGCCCCUCUCUGUCAGGGAGGGAGGGACGAACAGUUCAGCUGUUUUCUUAUUUGGUUCUUCUCAUUCCCAGUUUAAAGUCCAAGUGCUGGAGGGGGAAACUUUUUAUAAGACAGGGUGUUGGUCAUAGUGCAUGCCUUUAAUCGCAGCACUCUGGAGGCAGAGUCAAGCACAGGUAGAUCUCUAUGAGUUUGAGGCCAGACUGGUCUACAGAGUGAGUUCCAGGACAUCCAGGGCUACACAGAGAAACCCUAUCUCAAAAGCACAAAAAGAAAAGAAAAAAGAAAAAAAUGUAGCAUGGGCUGUGCUCAAACUAAUACUCCUGCCUCAAGGAAUUCCUGUGGCUCAGAGACCGGACACUUUGACUUCCAAUUAAAAAACUAGCACUGAGCUGGAGAGAGAACACAGUGAUGAAGAGCUUGGCUUGUUCUUCCACGGGACCCAAGCUUGCUUCUUAGAACUACGUAACAGCUCACGCCUAGCUAUGGCUCUAAUGACACAGGAUCUGACACCCUCUGCUGACCUCCUUGGGCACACAUGGUGCCCAAACAUAGGUACAUGCAAACUAUCCAUAUGCAUACAAUUAAAGUGAAUAAAUACUUUAAAAAUACGUUAAUAAAUAAAACGAGCCCAGAAUCCAGGAAGGGAGAAAUAAACACCACCUUUUAUGAGAAGACUUGCAUAGAAUUUGUGACCAAUUUGAAGUCUCUAAAAAUAAAUUCAGAGAAGGAGCCAUUAUUAGUUGAAUGCAGUUAUUGAAGGCUGUAGACUCUCGAAUCAGAUUCUUACCCAGCCACUAGAUGAGAGUGAGGUGGACCUGCAGGCUGGUUUAUAAUGAAACCCUCAGAGCCCAUGGGUCCUAAAAUGUCAGUGGGGCGUGGGCCGGGUAGAACACAGUUUAAUCAUUUCAUUUGAUUAAUGAAUGAGGCAUAAAACAAUCUUGGGCUAUUCCCAGACUUGUGAGGCUUGGCUGAAUCCCUUCUGAGUCUCCUGCCUUGCAUCCCUGUUGCAGUAGAUUCUUCUGCAGCACAGAGUCAUGCAGCAGAAACGGGCCUAUGGCAAGAUGUACUCAAAACAAAAGUGACACCAGGUAUCUCUGAAGAGAAGGGAGAAUCAUCUGCUAUUGUCAUUUGUUUUAAAUACCACGGUCUUAUUCUGUAUGUGUUCCAUGUUGUCCAGGAACUUACAGUAUGGCACAGGCUAGUCUUAAAUUCACAGAAAUCUUCCUGCUUCAGCCUCCUGAGGACUUGAAUGAGAGGACCAAGCUACCAUGCCUGGUUAAAUGGAGUUUGGUCUUUAUGUGGAUUUGUAUGUCUGUGAUCUUCAGGGAGGAAACAAUGAUUACUUAUUCACUGCCUGAGAUAACAUUUACCUGCACACCUUGGACACAUUCCUUCUUGUUCCCUUAGAAAAUAUAUUUUCGAGUCCAACGCCUUAACCACUCGGCCAUCACAGCCGCAGAAAAUAUAUUUUCAAAACCAGGCGUGAUCGCUCACACCUAUGAUCCCAGCAUUCAGGAAGCAGAGGCUAGCCUAGGCUACAGAGACUUUGUCUCAAAAACAAAACUAGACAAGAAAUUCUAGACUUUUUUUUUUAGAUGUUUGUUUGUGGUGUUUAUGUUUUGAUGAUAGAAAGACAGUCUUUUUUGUUUCUUUGUUAGCACAGUAUGUAAAUUAGAAGGACCUCUUUUAUUAAAAUGAAAACUGCAUUAUCUCUUUGGCUGUUUCUGCCUUCUGAAGUUUAAUUACGAAUGGGUGGGAUGGCCCACAGCACGAAGAUGCAUGCUGGAAAAUGGAAUUUGAGUCCACACACAGAGACCCUGUCUAAAAACUAAUUUGUUAGGUCUAAAAUCUCACACUUCUAAUCCCAGCACUGCAGAGGCAGAAGGAUCACCCCAUCUAAGGCUAGCCUGGGCUACAUGUGAUACCCAAAAGACAUAAGAAUUAGGGAGACUAGUUGAGAAGGUAGAGUGAGGAAGAUGAGCCAUCUUUGCAUAGAUGAGGUGUGGCUGACUUCACACUAUCACGUGACAGGUGUCUCUGCUUUGGAAGGACAGACACCAAGAUCAAGAACAUCGCUGCUUUCUAUUCAAAUUGGAUUCUUGAGUUUCCAAAUCUUCUUUCCUAUCAAACAUAUUGUGGAGAUCGUCAACUUUCAGGGCCUAUUUUAAACCCUUGGUACUGGCUCUGGCUGCUAAGAAUUCUGUUUUACUUUGACUAGAAAUGAUCAGAAUAACUCCAGAGCACUGCGGUGUUUCUGACUGGCUGAAAUUGAUGAUUGACGUUAAUCAUGAUUUCCUGUCACCUGAACUGCAGGUGAGAUGUAUAUUUCUUCACUGCAGUACCAAAAGGACAAAUGAGCCGUAUGCCAAAAUGAAGUUCGCCAUCAAAAAUCGCAUAUGUACUGUUAAACAAGCUUAAACGUACUUAAUAUAUAGCUUUAUUUUGAAAUUUGGUGAGAGUGAUUUGCUAUCUUUAAUAAAGCUGUACCAUAAGACUUAGGAUGAUUGUAUGAAAAUACAAGAGCAUGAAAUAAAUGUUACAUUUUUUAAAGUUA